AUGGGAUGGUUUUGGGCUCCACUAAGGCAGACAGCAGAAGAAUCUGCAAUUGGCACUACUUCUACAUUUACUCAGGAUGAAUUGACAUGUCCCGUUAUGCAUACCUCCUCGUCUCGUUCAAAAGACCAAAUUAAUUUACUUAACUAUAUGCCUCACGAUUUAACCAAGGUACAUGAAGGCCAGAAACUAGAUUUGACCACACAGAGGACUAUAUCAAGCAUUCCGAAAGGCAGUGAGAAGGGUAAAUGGGAAUAUCCAUCUGCUCAACAAAUGUAUAAUGCAAUGAUGCGUAAGGGAAAAAUUAACGGUAAUGAAGGUGAUGAGGAUACUAUUGAAUCAAUGGUUCAAAUACACAAUUUUUUAAAUGAAAGUUGUUGGCAAGAAAUAUUACGAUGGGAGAACAGAUACGUUCAAAGGACGAAUGUGCAACCGAAAUUGUUGAAAUUUAUGGGUAAACCAGAUAAUUUGAGUCCUCGUGCACGCAUGCACUACUAUUUAAGUUAUAUUUUCCCAAAUACAUUUGCAAGAGAAUUACCCUUCGACAGACAUGAUUGGCUUGUGCUAAGGGGCGAUCCCAAGUCGAGAGAUACUGAUAAUCCUGGGUAUAGGAAAGUUAGAUACGUUUUGGAUUUCUAUGGUGGUCCAGAUGAUGAGAAUGGGUUCCCAACUUUUAGUGUCGACGUAAGACCUGCUUUAGACAAUUUCGUUAACGCCAAGGAUAGGAUGGAUGCAUUUACAUUGUCAAUGUUACAAAAAUAUGUCCAUUCUUCAAAAAUGUUGAAAGAUGGGAGUGUAAAAAGUAACGAUAAUAACCAAAGCAAUAACUGA